AUGGAAAUUAUAAGGGACAAAAGAUUACAGUGGGCUGGGCAUACUUGGCGAAGUUUAAAUCUGCUUAUGCGUACAGUACUUGAAGUAAACCCUACUGGAAAAAAUCAUUGUAAGACCACAAUGAAGAGUGUAAUUUGGAGUGACUUAGUCAGGAGGAACGUGGAAGCGUUAGGAGAAGAUACGGACUGGAAGAUUCAGGCUUUUAAAAAGGAAAACUGGAACAAAGCUGUAUGA